AUGGCGGAUUUUGCAGUGACCCUUUCGCGUCGAGGCAAAGCGGAAAAGGGCGAAAAGCUGAAUGUGCUGGUCUUGCAAGCGGAAAUGAGAAUCUGUGGACCAAAGCAUCCGGAUACGUUGACUAAAGCGAAAGAACUUCAGCUACAACUCGUGGCGGCGGAAAAGAAACUUCUGGGGUCAGUCCACCCUGAGACUCUGAACGAUAUGGCAGAUCUCGCAGGCUUAUUCAGGAGUGUAAAGGCUAUGCUGGAUCGAUCCUGCUCAGCUGUUGCAGACGAUGACGAUUGGGAUUCGAGUGACUCGCAAGAUUCUGCUGAUGUCGUACGUGUGGAUGACUGGUUGGCUUGCUCUGACAAAGCGCCUCAAAGCAUCAGUCCUUUAUAA